AGAGCCCCAACAGCAAGACACACCACUGUAACACCACCUGACAAGCCCAAUUGACCUGCUCCCCCCAUCAAUUGAACUCACAAUGAACACCACUCUUCUCCGCACAUCCGCCCUCCGCUCGGCUGCCCGAGCCGCCGCGCCCGUUACCUCGAGGGCUGGACUGGCCGGUACCACCUUUGUUCGCGGAAAGGCUACUCUGCCCGACCUUCCCUACGACUAUGGCGCGCUCGAGCCCUCCAUCUCGGGCAAGAUCAUGGAGCUACACCACAAGAACCACCACAACACCUACGUGACCUCGUUCAACAACUUCAGCGAGCAGAUUGCCGAGGCCAAGCAGAAGCAGGAUAUCCAGGCUCAGAUUGCCCUGCAGCCGCUCAUCAACUUCCACGGCGGCGGCCACAUCAACCACACCCUGUUCUGGGAGAACCUCGCGCCCACUAACCAGGGUGGUGGUGAGCCACCAUCUGGCGCUCUCGCUGCUGCCAUCAACACCAACUAUGGCAGCCUCGAUGCUUUCAAGGAGAAAUUCAACACUGCGCUCGCAGGUAUCCAGGGCAGCGGAUGGGCAUGGCUGGUGCAGGACACGCAGACUGGCGGCAUCCAGAUUAAGACAUAUGCCAACCAGGACCCUGUGGUUGGCCAGUUCCGUCCCAUCCUCGGUGUCGACGCAUGGGAGCACGCCUACUACCUCGACUACCAGAACCGCAAGGCCGAGUACUUCAAGGCCAUCUGGAACGUUAUCAACUGGAAGGCGGCCGAGAAGCGUUUCAAGUAAGCGAUUGGACCCACCGCGAAGACAGAGUCAAUAGCUUGUCAACUGGCUGGGCCUUUUGAACGCAGCGUCUAGCCUAGUAAUGUGUAUAUAUCAGCCCGGCUUGAAAACUAAGAAACACCAUGGCAAUGCCUAUUUUUUUAUGA